CCGGUAUGAAACAUCGUUGAACGGUCGAGAGGGUUUCCGCUGAAUGCGAUCAUGGGGAGGUUUCACGCCCGACUAUACAAGACCGACCGUGCGCGGGACUUCGAUCAUGAACAGGAUCGAUAUGUUCGCAUGCGCCAGAUCUACGAGACUAUCGACCGGCAGGGCUAUCAGUGGAUUGUCGUGCUGGUCGCUGGUCUCGGUUUCUUCCUCGAUGGUUACACACUCUUUGCCAGUAACAUGGCCUUGCCCAUGAUUUCUUACGUUUAUUGGAGAGAUGAAAUCUCCUCGCUGCGACUGACCUGCAUUAAUAUCGCAACAUUGGCCGGUACGCUGUUUGGUAUGGUGAUCUUUGGAUUUUUGGCAGACAAGAAUGGCCGAAAGAAGAUGUACGGUGUCGAGCUGGUCCUUUUAAUAACGUCCACGCUCGGCGUUGUGAUGUCGUCAACCGGUGAGAAUGGCAGUAUGAAUAUCUAUGCCUGGUUGAUCUGGUGGAGAAUCUGCGUCGGAAUUGGUGUCGGCGCUGAUUACCCAUUAUCGGCUGUGAUCACCUCUGAAUUCGCACCAACGAAACAUCGAGCCCGUAUGAUGGCUAGCGUCUUCUUUAUGCAGCCGCUGGGACAGAUCGCAGGAAACUUGGUAUCUCUAAUCGUCAUCGCCAUCGCUCGUAGCAAGGGCUCUGACGACCUCACCCGCACUGUCGACAUUAUGUGGCGCUGGGUGCUGGGUAUCGGUGUCGUACCAGGCGCUAUUGCGUGUCUCUUCCGGUUUGCCAUUCCUGAGAGUCCGCGCUAUCUCGUGGAGAUCGAAGAUGACCCCGUUACUGCCCAGUUCGACGCGACCACGCUCUUCAGUGACCAGGCCUCGAGCCCUGCUUUCGACCAAACCAGCUUUGCAACAGGGACUGGCAGUGCUAUCCAAUUACCACCCAUCUCAUCACUUGCCAGUGACUCUAUCGAUGAGGACGAGGAGUACAGUAGUCACAUGCCACCGGCAACGCUGAACUCCCACUGGCGCCUUGCCCGCACAGAUAUUAUUCGGUACUUCUGGACUGAAGGUAACUGGCGCAGCUUGGCUGGUACUGCUUUUGCGUGGCUGCUCCUUGACUUUGGAUACUAUGGAAUUGGUCUUUCCAGCCCACAGUUCUUGGCCAAGACCUGGGGCUCUCUACACCUUAGUCACCCAGCACCUAAUUGGGAGACCGAUGACCGACCCGGCGCCAGCGUCUAUGAUCAACUCUUUAACACCUCUGUCCAUGGCCUUGUCAUUUUGAAUAUUGGCAGCUUUGUCGGAGGUCUCAUUUUCAUUCUUUUCUCCCACCGCAUCGACCGUGUCGCUCUCCAAAAGUACAUGUUCGUGGCUCUGGCAGCUCUUUUCAUUGCUCUGGGCAGCAUGUUCAUCAAUCUCUAUACCUAUCCGCCGGCCGUCGUCACUUUGUACAUCGUUGGCCAAAUCCUUUUCAACUUUGGCCCCAAUGCAACAACUUACAUGAUCCCUGCCGAAAUCUUCCCUACCCGUUACCGCGGCACUUGCCACGGUAUCAGCGCUGGCGCCGGCAAACUCGGCUCUAUUCUCGUUCAAAUCUUUUCAACAUACUACCGCUUCAGCGGUGCCGAUACCAUUUCAACACGCCGUCACGGCAUCAUUCUUUUCGUCUUCAGCGCAUGCAUGAUCCUCGGUGCAGCAGUCACACAAUUCUGGAUCCCGCCCUUGCAACAAAAGAAGGGCUCAAACCUGAUCUGGGGCGGCAAGCCGUAUACCCUCGAAACAUUAUCUCUUGGCCGCAUGGGCCGCAAGAGUCGCGAAAAUAAUUUGCGGAAGAGGGCAUCUCGGCAACGCGCCAUGUCAUUCAGUGGCUAGACUUUUGUCAUUCUUCUUUCAUUCUUCUUUUUUUUCUUUUUCCCUUUAUUCUUUACUUAUACUUUUUCCUUGCUGUGAUCUAUAGACGGUGUUUCUCAGGAUUCAGGGCUUGACAUCUCUUUUAGUUUGGAGUGAUGUGGAUGGAAUUUGUGUGGACUUCUAAUCCUUUGGACUGGGUUGCGUGGGGGCCCGGAUGUAUUAUCGUUGGCUGGAAAUACUUGAAUAGAUACCCCCUUUUACACUUUACUGG